GGCUUCCGUUACGUAUGUAGAUAGUUAGUGUGAUCUCGUGUUUCUAAAUCGUGUAGUCACUGUCGGAAGCUAACGGCAAUCAUUCACAAAGCUGGGAAGCAGCAGAGUUUGUCCGUUUUAGCAGUUAGGAACCUAAACCAGCGCCUUCACAAUGUCUAUUAUGUCAUAUAAUGGCGGGGCUGUCAUGGCCAUGCGGGGGAAGAACUGCGUGGCGAUCGCAGCAGACCGGAGGUUUGGCAUUCAGGCCCAGAUGGUCACGACAGACUUCCAGAAGAUCUUCCCCAUGGGAGACAGGCUGUACAUCGGGCUGGCUGGUUUGGCGACAGAUGUUCAGACAGUAGCCCAGAGGCUGAAAUUCAGACUCAACCUGUAUGAGCUGAAGGAGGGUCGCCAGAUCAAACCCAAAACCUUCAUGAGCAUGGUGUCCAACCUGCUGUAUGAAAGGAGGUUUGGGCCUUACUACAUCGAGCCUGUGAUCGCCGGAUUAGAUCCUAAAACCUUUGAACCCUUCAUCUGCUCCUUGGAUUUGAUUGGCUGCCCCAUGGUGACAGAGGACUUUGUUGUGAGCGGCACCUGCUCGGAGCAGAUGUACGGCAUGUGUGAAUCUUUGUGGGAGCCGGAUAUGGAGCCGGAUGAUCUGUUUGAGACCAUCUCCCAGGCAAUGCUGAAUGCAGUUGAUCGAGAUGCAGUUUCUGGCAUGGGAGUCGUCGUACAUGUCAUUGAGAAAGACAAGAUCACCACACGAACCCUGAAGGCCAGGAUGGACUAGAGCUCCUUCUCUUCAUACGUCAUUAACUCAGAUAUUUUGUACAAAAAUAAUAAGAAAUCCUUGUAUUGUGUCUCUUUCCUCAUUCGCACUGUUCAAUAAAUGAACUUAGGUUUAAACAAUAAA